ACACACACGCUCACGUUCUCACUCUCAACUUUAAACUUUUCCAGCGUUCCUGCUGUUCGGAUCAACAACACUGAGGCUUCAUUUCGGGACAGCGCGUGCGGAUUCUACAUAUGAAGUGACUGGAUUUCUCGCCAUGGAUCUGUGGAGAUUUAAUCUGAGUCGAACAGGUUUGUGAAGUAACAGCAAGAUUGAUCUUAAUUCAUUUGGGGAACAUGGAAAUGAGUGUUCAGAAAGAGCUCUCUCCUGCCAGUGUUUUCGAUCGCUCCUGCAAAGCUGAUAAUAUUUUUUCCCGUCGCAUUUCUUAUGUUGGUCCUCACGGGAAACAUCUCACAGUGGGAUUAUAAACUGUUCUGAAUACUUUAUGAGCGGAAUAACUGAUACAUUGUCGCACUGAUGGAGACGGCGACUCUGCUACAACCUGUUACAUUCUGGAAUGUUUGGAAUCCUUUGAAGUGGACGCGGCGGAUCGCACAAUAACGCAGUCAUUAUGACGUCAGGUUAUCAAUCACGACGCGCGGGAAACAAUCUGUAAAGUUAUUGCUCUUUAGGAGAUCAUAUCAAACUCUUGUUGCACAUUUAAAUCAAUGCUCAGGCCACGAGUCAGUCCGCUGUCAAUCACUGGCUCUCUGUCAUAUUUCAUCACCUGUCAAUCAUGUUCUGUCAGCGAUACAGGCCAGUCAACAACUAACAUUUAACAUUUGAUUAGAUUUACAAACAGGUAAAGUGUUAAUAAUAUCCUUACGUUCCAAAUCACAACAAUCCACUGGAUUUUUUUUGGGACAGUUUCAGUGACCCCUGAGGAUUCUAGUGUUUUUGUGCUGGACGGAUAGCUUUGUGGACAGUCCAUAAUGUAUGGCCGGAGCCCGCCGCUGCAGCCAGGACAAUGAGGGUUCCUGUGCGGCGAUUGGCCGGGCUCUGGCCGUGGCUGCUCAUGGCUGCCUUGCAGGUAGCGUUGGGCCACACGGGCCUGGAACUAGCCGCUGCUGUGGAGUCCGAACGAGCCACGAUCAAGGUGACACUGCUGAAGCAGGAGCCCACCAGCAGGACCAUCACCCUGGAAGGGGUGUUCUCCUGGGGCAGCGCGGGCAGUGCUAAAGGGAAACUCAUGCAGUCUCACCCGUUGUCUCUGUGUAACACCAGUGAAGAUGAGCGUCCGGAAACCGAUUUCAUCACCAUCGUCAAACUCGAGAGCCCAGAGAGCAAAGUGCCUCAGUGCCAACCGCUGCUGGAUAAAGCUCGUCUGGCGAUUCAGAGAGGAGCUCAGGCUGUCAUCUUUGACAUCUCAGAUGAUCCAGCUGCUGCUGCUGCUGCGCUGCAGGACUCUGGUUCGUUGACUCGUCCGGUUGUGCUGGUGAAGUCAUCAGACGCUGAAGAACUGAUGGGACUCGUCAACAAGAACGAAGAAGCCAUGGUGUUCAUUGACAUCAGGGUGGAGCCAAAAUGGCCUCCCUAUGACGUUGGCAUCCUGUUGACCGUGGCUCUGGCGGUGUUGGCCAUCAUCAUGAUCUUUGCUCUACGCUUCCGCUGCAGGUCCAACAGAACCUGGGACUCUGUGCACCAGGAGACCAUGCGUGCCAUCAGCAGGUUGGAGACGCGCAUGUACAGCUCUCAGGGUUGCUCUGGAUCCCAGCGUUCUCGCGGAGCUCCAGCGUCAAACAGCAGCUCCAAUUCCAGCCCGAUCUGUGCCAUCUGUCUCGAGGAAUUCAUGGAUGGCCAGGACUUGAGAAUCAUCUCCUGUGGUCAUGAGUUUCAUAAGGAGUGUGUCGACCCCUGGCUCCUACAACACCGUACCUGCCCUCUGUGCAUGCACAACAUCAUGGGUAAAAAGCCUCAGGGUUCAGAUCUGGCGUCCCGUCAGCCCCAAAGGAAUCGACUGCCGCCCGCUCCACAAGAGCACAGUCAGGCCUUCCUCCUUCCCCAACACUAUCCAAACCAACACCCUUACCCCCAGCACCAAGUCCCCUUUUCCCUGCGGCAUCACUACCCCCGCACCCCUGGACCUUUACCCCAACAGGGUCACUUUGGAAACUCUCCCCCUCUUCAUCCACGCACUCUGCGUUGCUUAACCAGCAGACCAUUGGGUGCUAGCUGCGCAUACCACCUGGCCCCGGAUUCCCAUCACGGACGUACGCACAGAACAGGCGGGCACGGGUGUCGGACUGGUGGGCAUCACUAUGCACCCCCCAGAAGGUCGUGUCACCGGUGCCCUGUAGGAGCUUUACGGAACGCUUCGGGUUCUUGUGUGCAUCAUUUGGCAUCGCCAGCAAACCACGCAACUCAUCACCUGCCGCGUGGCGGAGGCUCGCAUGGCCGCCAAGACAACAGCAGCUGCUCCGUUGGGAGUUACCACACGGAGCGCAGCGGUUACCUUGCUGACGGGCCAGCAAGCGACUCCAGCUCGGGAUCGUGCCACGGCUCGUCCAGCGAUUCCGUAUUGAACUGUACAGACAUCAGCCUGCAGGGCGUCUAUGGCAGCUGGUCCACUUUUCGUAGCUCACUCAGUAGUGACUAUGACCCGUUUGUCUAUUAUGGACCGGGCAAAGCCCCACGCAGAGGGAGCAUGGAGGCCACGCAGAGGCCUCGUUCCCUGGACUCGGUAGUGAACCAUGCCGGUGACGCUGGUGCAGUUUGCUCGGAAGAGCAGCAGCAGCAGCAGCAGGUGGCCGUGUUCAGUCACGUACACUAUCACAGGCAUAGACACCACUAUUACGAGGACGGGGAACUCAAUCAAGGGCCCGGCCAAGGCUCUGAUGAGGAUCAGGGGGCCACGUCCUCGGCCAUGGCAGCAGGUGGCCCCUGUAAUGCAACUAAAAACAAAGACUCCACUGGGUGUCAGGUACAGCACCAGUCUUGCCACUGCCCCAAAACGGACCUCAGUUCAAGGAGGGUUGAGGAUAGAGCCCCGGACCCUGUUUCUUCCUCAGGUGCCUCUGUGAUCCUUCCCUCCCCUACUUUAACCUCUCCGUCCCCAUCCUGUUGCCACAAAGGCCCAGGGUGGACCACCAGACAGAAAGCAGCCGGCUGUCCCUUGGAAGCACCUUCGCCGGUUGUUCACUUCCAUCAAAGCUUGGACCUUCAGGAUGAUUGUAGCAUUCAUAUCCACUACGGACAGGGAGCGGGAAGCUACUGCUGCACACCUCCACCAGAUUUGGCCCCCACGCUGCUGCCGGUGCCCCUGAUCUUGGACUCGACGGGUAUGGCCGACUGGCCAUGCUGUAGCGGGGCACAUGUGGUGUGGCAGAAGCAGGUGCAACAGGCCCAUUCGGAGCCUCAGCUUCUAGGGCCUACUUCUGGAAUGGACAGACCCCUGUGUAGGGCCCAUCACGGCCCAGGGGAUGAACUUUCCACGGACAUCUGUCUGUAUUGCCAAGCUCUACACAAUAGUCAGGGGUCGGAGGAAGAGUCUGGUGUUUGAGAAAACUCUUCAUCCAAAACUCCUCACGCUGCUACACAAGAGCCGAUAUGGACAAAACUCUUCGGCAUUCUCUCACUGUCUCUUUCACAUGUUGAGUCUUCCAGAAAAUUCCAAAACAUCUUCUGCAAUAUCAAACUGAAUUACCCAGAAUCUCCAUACCUCAGAAUGUCAUUCUAACAAAGUUUUAUAAAGUAAAGUAAAUACAGAAAUCAUCAGUGAUGAUUUUAUGUACUCUUCAGUAAUAACUCACUGUUACUAGCACAUUUCUAUUGGCCAAAACCAGUCAUCGUUGGUACUGUCAAGGUACUUUACCCUAUACAGCCCAAAUGUGACUUUUAAUAGGCAAACAAAUGAUGUUAAAUCAGGAAGUUAUCAAAGGAUCUGGGAGAUUCGCAAAAGAAUGAUCUUGAUUUCUUCUUUUCCUUUGCUUUAAAACAGGAUUCAGUCUGAGAAUUCCUUUUCAUUAAAGCCCUUAAAGGUAUAAGCACAUCUUCCCAUAUUCCAUUGGGAAUUAGGCCUGACGUAUGUACUCUAUGCAAGAACGCAGACACUUCUAGCUACGCAAACUUGGUUGUUGUGUUCUGACAUGUGUCAGAUUGCAAUUCAUACCGCAACAUUAGCGUAAUCUGUCUUAUUCUACAGUCAUUUUCUCUUACAGGUUAACUACUAUCAUGCUGGAAUCUUGCUGAGCAAGUUAAACUUGAGGCUGGAAUGCACUACACAAAUUUUGCCCAGAUUUGCAGUCUAGAUGAGUUGACAAUAGUUGCCGAAAGUCUGCACCAGUCUGCAGAUUGAUACACUUGGAGUUGACUGGUUUCACAGAAAAUCACAUAGUGUAUGAUGGACACAGACUCUGAUUUUUUUAGCUUUUAGACUAUGAUUAAAUUCCAGUCGGAGGAUAUCAAAAUAUGUUUGAUAUUUUGAGCCAAUUUUAGAACACAUAUUGGAGUGUAUGACGCAUUGCUGCUGAAACUGAAGAUGUCCUCUAUCUAGCAGUGUUGUGAUAAAAUACAAUACAAAUACAAUAAUAAUACAAAAGUAAACGUGUAACAAAUUAGCCUCAAUAUUUGAUUCAUCACAGAUAAACAACUGACCGCAUCCGAAUGCACUUGGCACUUUCAUGUUUGUUUCAACCAUAGAUACAUACAUAGAAGCCUCUUAGCGACCUUUUCUAUGGGCCGCUUUGCGUAAGCUGUCCGCCAUAUUGGAACAGUCAAAGACACGCUCGAGAGCAAGAUGACUGUGCAUCUGCAACCGUCCUUAUAUAUAUCCAAAUAUCUAUCUGCAAUUGACUUCAGCAAGUCGUUAGCUAAAGCAACAUUUAAAAAGUCACUAUAGUUGACAAAAACUUGACAAUAUUACAAAAACCUGUAAUAUUAAGUUAAUACAUGUAAAAACGCAAACCAACUCAAUCUCACCCUUGAAAGAUUAUCCCAUUUCUUCAGGAAUUUAAAUCUCGGCAGUUUUUACAACCAGAGGGUGCGCAAUGUUGUGGCAUCUUGGGAAACUCAUUGAUUUUUACUGUAACUAAAAUGUUGACUGUUCCAAGAUGGCGGACGAGUGUCUGGAGCACUCAAAUGUAGCAUCUAUGGUCGUGCGUCACACAACGAGGCACGUGUUUCUGUGUCCAGAACGAUUUGAAAGUCUGGUAAUGUAUGAUCAUAAGAUGUUCAGUGUAUGAUGCCCAGUUUUCUCUGUAACCAUUUACCAAGUCGGCAAGUAUAUGAUGCCUAGUGUUUUAAAAUCUGUUCAGAUUUUAGAAGUCGUGUAGUAUACUCCAGCCUUUAAUCAAACUGUUGACGUUUAUAACAGCUACACUGUUAAAAAAAAAAUUUUUUUCGAAGUACAAAUACGAAGUUUCAAAUACGAUUUCAGUCUUUCUACUUCAAAAUUUCUCAUUUAAUUUCACAUUAUUAUUGGGAAAUUUACUUGCAAUUUCUGAGUGAAAAUUGUUUCUGCAUUGCCAAAAAAGGCGCUGUUUGGAUUUAAAUAGGCAAAUACUUAAGAGUCUAUGACUGGAUCAUUACUGCAGUGAUUAUAAUGUUUCUAGCAUGUUAUAUGUUUUUGCAAUAGUUCUUCUAACCCUAGUUGAUGGACCAAGAUUCAUCAGGCUCAAAUUGUGAAAGGAUGGUUGGGAGGGAGCUUGAAGAAUCAUUUUCACACAUGAAUUGGCACCUUCUGAGUCCAGACCUUAAACUCAUUGAAAGUUUUUGGGAUGUGCUGGAGUAGACUUUACAGAGUGCUCACCUCUUGCAAAUUGAUGCACCUCUUGAUAGAAAUGAAUGUUGUGAUGUUAUUUCCAUCAAGAGGUGCAUCAAUCUCAAGAUCUCAAAUUGAAGUUUGUACAAUUUGAUUGUAAUGAAUCUUGGCGUUGUCAUCCAGGAAUAUGGCCAUGUACGUCUUCCAACAUGGUUGUUUAAGAAAUGCAAAGCUACACACUCCAUCAACUAGGGUUAAAAGAACUGUUUCCAAACAUGCUAGAAACAUAAUAAUCACUGCAAUAAUGACCCAGUCAUAGACUCUUUUGCGUGUUUAAAUCCAAACAGUGACUGGGCAGUGUAUAAUUUGAAGCUGACUCUAUCAUCAUACCUUGAAAACUGAGAGCUUGCAAUGCAUUGGCUGUGCAUUUCCUUCAGUGUUUGCGCACUUGCAUAGAGUACCAUCCGUGCAUUCAUUAUCUCACCGCACCUGCUGGCUGAUUUUUAACUAUUUAGUUAUUGCGAUGCUACUCUCCCCUUCCAUUUUUAUUUCUUAGAAGCUAGCCGUAGCCCUUUAACGGUGACGUGUUGGGCUACGUUCAAACAUCUGGCCUGGUUUUCCAGCACUACCUCAGAUAACCAAUCAGCGAGACGGUACUUCAAAGGUACUUGUGCGUCCACCUCUCGUUACCUCUGACUCAGAGGAGCGACAGGGAGCUUUACUUUAUCAUCUGUCCUUGGAAAAAGCAUUUCAUUGAGGUUUCAGGGUCUCGGUUUUGUUAAUUCAAAAAUGGCAGCUGUUAUUUUCAAAUGUUUGUGUCUUCAUUUAUUAAUUUUGCUUGUCAAAACUAAAUGAAUUGACUGAAUAUAUUUGGGGAAAGUUGUGAAGAUUUUUUUUUUUUUUCUGUUUUGCUUUCUUACUUUGGUCUUGUUAAGCCUGUAAUGUGUUUGGGCUGAGAAGGACUACAUUUCCCAGAAUGCUUUGCUUUCACCUCUGAGACUGAUGUUCCCUUAAAGGGACGCUGACAUUUCAUAGAAAGUAACCAGCAUACAAGCUCACCAAAAGUGCCUCUGUAACCCAUGAAAUGAACACUUCAUGAAGUUUAUUCGUAGACAUUAAUGUAGCCUGCUGUCAUGUUCACGGCAAAACCAGCCAAUGAUGUCUAUCGCCUGCAAACGUAGCAACACUUAUCUUUAAUCUGUUACCCUGAAAUCUCUGUUGUCAUAUAUUUUAAAAGCAGCCAUUUAAAGGAAUGGUCCGGGUUCAUAACAAGUUAAAACUAUCAACAGUAUCUGUGACAUGCUGGAAAUAAUAUCGGAUUUUGAACCUGAAACAUUCUUUUACGUAUAGAAAAGAAAACACUGGAAAUCUUGCCAUGACAAACACCUGAAUGUUUUUUAUUUUUUGUCAGUAAAUGGUCAAAUUGGUCAAAGGUCUUGAUCCCUUGAACCACAAACCCCCGUGUCUCUCACAUCCCUUUUGACUUCAUACAGUCACAAAUGUUGCUUUUCAUCAAAAUGAGGCUGAAUCCAAAAUUAAAAAUAUAAAUAAGACAAAAUAUUGUGAAUCCUAAUAUAUAGGGUUUCCUUAUACCCACACCUUAUGACCAAUGAGUUUCAAUGACUUUUCCAGUUGUUCGUGAUUACUGGAGAAAGAUUUUUAAAAUCAUUUUAUAAAGAUUAUUGCACUCUUUAAGAGCCAGUCAUGAACCUGUUAACUGUCAACCCCCUUUUUGAGCAUAGAUCUGAACUUAAAUGGUUGUAAUUCAUGAUUCUCUUUUUGCAGAUGACUGCAGAAAACACUUUUAAAAAUUAUGGAAGCUUGUUUCCGCCACUAAAUAAAAAAAAAAAUAAAAAAGGUAAUUGCGACUUUUUAUCUCACAAUUCUGACUUUUUUUUCUCUGAAUUGCGGGCCAUAAAGUCAGAAUACAAGUUAUAAAGUCAGAAUUGCACGAUAAAGUCAGAAUUGUGCAAUAUAAAGUCAGAAUUGCACGAUAUAAAGUCAGAAUUGUGAGUUAUAAAGUCAGAAUUAUGAUAUAAAGUCAGAAUUGCGAGUUAUAAAGUCAGAAUUGUCUGAUAUAAAGUCAGAAUUGCUAUAAAGAAUUGAUAUAAAGUUGCAAUUCUCACUUUUUCUCAUGCAAUUCUGACUUUAUAUCAUGCAAUUCUAAAUUUAUUUCUCACAAUUCAUAACUCGCAAUUCUGACUUUAUAACUCGCAAUUCUGACUUUAUAUCUUGCAAUUCUGACUUUAUAACUCGCAAUUUUAACUUUAUAUCUCGCAAUUCUGACUUUAUAUCUUGCAAUUCUGACUUUAUAACUCGCAAUUUUAACUUUAUAUCUUGCAAUUCUGACUUUAUAUCUCGCAAUUCUGACUUUAUAUUGCAAUUCUGAGAAAAAAGUCAGAAUUGUGAGAUAAAAAGUCGCAAUUUCCUUUAUUAUUUUUAUUUCAUGGCGGAGACAAGCAUAUUAAAAAAAAUGGACUGAACUAAACUUUUUUUUUUAUUUUAUACAAAAUAUAUUUUACAAAAUAAUUUGGAUGCUAAAAUUGCUAUAUAAUCAAAGUUAUGUCUAACCAAGUUGUGUUCCAAAUUUGAAGUUGAUAUUACAUAAAGGUUUUAAAGAACCGUUUCCAUUGUAAUGCAAUGUCCAAUUUCAAAACAGAUUUCCCAGGAUGAAUUUUGAGUGUUUAAGCUUUCGAAUGAUAUGAUGUGAUAGGGGGAAAAAAGUCAAUAAAAAAGCAGCGGGACACUGACAGUUAACAGGCAAACAUUUUAGAGAAAUUAUAUUAACUGUAGAAAUGCUUUUGUUUUCCGUAGCUUUUCCAGCAAUGGAAAUCAUUAUUUUAAAAUGUUGAGUAGUUUCAACCCGGUUGAGUUAGACAAUACCAUAAUGACAUUACAUUUUUAUCAGCCAAAGAUAAGAAUUUACCAAUAUUAUUCAUUAAUUUUAGUUUACACAUAAACCAUGUAACAGGAUCCACACACACAACAGCCUCCUGAUUUUCUUCUGGCUCAGUAUAGUAAGUAAACGCAACUAUUGCCUCCAACUACCACAUAUUACGGAAGAUACGCUUUGCACUUUCAUGUUGGCUUCGGUCUCACGCAGAUUAACACGUAAAGCUCUUGGCUUUAUCUAGAAAGGAUGAAAACAGCACUUUGCCUUGGGAAGAAAAUCUGCAUGUGAUUCAAAGCAAAAUGAUCGAAGCACUAUGUAACUACCAGAUCUAGAAAAUAAUACGUCAAUCAAUGAAAUGUCACUAAACAUUGAGGAUGA